CAAGAGACAGCAUGGCGGCUUCCAACGACGCGAAAUGGAUCGAAGCGGGCCGACAAUGGGUCGCGUGGGACGUGAACGACGGUACCAAGACCGCCAUCCAAAGCUUGGUGGACGCGGGGGAUGCUGAUGCGCUUCGACAAAAGUUGGAGAAACGGUUGGAUUUCGGCACGGCUGGUCUACGCGCAGCCAUGGGUGCCGGAACGGUGUGCAUGAACGACCUUGUGGUCAUUCAAACGAUGCAGGGAUUGGUGGCGUACUUGGAAGAGUCGUACGGCGUCGAAGCUGUGCAGCGUCGCGGGAUCGUGCUGGGCUACGACCAUCGUCAGUUUGGGACGCUGAACUCGAAGCAAUUCGCCGCCUACAGUGCGGCGGUGGCCGUGUCCCGCGGGAUCAAAGUGUACUUGUACGAAGGCGUGGUCGCUACUCCCUUGGUGCCGUUUGCCGUGGACCGUCUCGGGUGUGUCGCGGGUAUCAUGGUCACAGCGUCGCACAACCCCAAGGCGGACAACGGGUACAAGGUGUACGGGUCCAACGGGUGUCAGAUCAUCCCGCCGCACGACGAGCGCAUCGCCGCGUCCAUCUUGAACCACCUGGCGCCAUGGCAGCUCUACGACAUUACCAACAUCCGAAGCCAGACAGCCGACCCGACGGCGGAACUGGUGGCCGCGUACUUUGAUGCGAUGACGCCCCUGGUGCGGUACCCCCAGGACAACGCCAACCCCUUGUACCAUGUCAAGGUGGCGUACUCGGCCAUGCACGGCGUGGGCCAUGAGUUCACCCGUCAGUCGUUUUCCAAGUUCAAUCUGCCGCCAUAUUACCCCGUGGAAGCGCAAAUGCAUCCUGACCCCACGUUUCCCACAGUGGCGUUCCCAAACCCUGAAGAAGGACAAGGUGCGCUCCACCUCAGCUUUGAAACAGCUGCCAAGCACGGAUGCUCGUUGAUUCUAGCCAACGACCCCGACGCAGAUCGGUUGGCAGUGGCGGAAUUGCUGCCCACUGGCGACUGGCAUCUCUUCACGGGCAAUGAAAUCGGGACGUUGUUGGGGUUCUGGGAGUACACGCAAUACAUGAAGCAGCAUCCGACGGCUGACAAGAGCAAGCUGUACGUCGUGACCAGCACCGUCUCGUCCAAGAUGCUUCGCGCGAUUGCGCACCGGGAAGGCUUCAACUUUGUCGAGACGCUCACGGGGUUCAAGUGGAUGGGGAAUGAAACGCAAAAGCUGCGGGAGGCAGGGAACACGGUUCUGUUUGCGUUUGAAGAGGCGAUUGGGUUUUGCGUGGGCAACGUCGUCAAGGACAAAGACGGAGUGUGUGCGGCGGCCGUGUUUGCCGAGAUGGCGACGCAGCUCAAGAAGGAUGGCGGCGGGACCGUGUACAUGCACUUGCAGCAACUGUACGCGACCUACGGCCACUUUGUGACGCAGAAUCACUACGUCAAGUGCUACAGCCCGUCCACCGUCCAGCUUAUAUUUGAUCGGCUGAGAAACCAAGGGCACUACUGGCAUGUUGUAGCCAACAAGUACGCGAUCAAGAGCAUCCGAGACCUCUCUACGGGCUUCGACAGCGCCCAGCCAGACUGCCGCGCCGUGUUGCCCCAGUCUUCCGAGAUGAUUACAUACUCGUUUGCAAAUGGGGUCGUGGCUACGCUGCGCACGAGUGGCACCGAGCCCAAGCUAAAGUACUACGUCGAGUCCCCCGGAGGCCAAGGACUGACUCGCCAGCAAGUGGCGGAUGCCCUGCAGCUGCAAGUAGCUGCCAUCAUACACGAAAUGCUGCAGCCAGAACUCCACCACCUCGAACGCCCUUGAUAGAUUGGAUGAUUGCAUGUCGAGAAUUAAUAUCACAAUGCUUGAAUAGUGUCGACUAUGCUGGCUUCUACCAGCGCCAUGCUCUGAUUGAACGCUUCUGGGCCAUACAUUUGUGAGCACUUGUUGAGCUGGGCACACAGGUACUGCUUGAUGUACGACAGCGUCGGCGGCACGAGUUUGGUUUUGCGCACGAGCAGCAGACUCCGACGGAUGGACACCUCGUCGGCAUCGUCGGCAUCAUGGACGUCCAAGGGGCUGGUGUCAUCCCCGAGCACUUGGACGAUGGCUUCAAGCAGCAGCCCCAUGCGGUCGAGCACCGCGGGCGAGACAGUGAGGAAGGAGCAGAGGGACGCGGCCCAGAUGCGCCGUCUCGCGGGCCCCACGGCCGAAAACGAGAUGGAAAAGAAGAGGUGGAGCAUCGUGUCGAGGAAGGACGGGGUGUGGGCGGACGGGACGGCGGCCAAGAAGACGGACGGGGCACGGAGACACGCCGCGGCCAGGGUCGACACGAACGACACGACCACGAGCUCCUUCUCCUGUCGGGGCUGCUCUUGGGCCACGGACCACAACGCACUUAACACCCCUACAGACACAAAAGUUAGUGUAUAUAUAUACGUGAAAGAGUGGACCUUGGAGGGGCUGGAGCGAGUCGGAUGGGAGGCACUGCAGCAGUCGGUCCACCACUCGACAGAGCUAGACAGGUAUAUAUAUAUAUAUAGAUAGACAUGAACGAGUGACUGAUGUUACC